GACAGAUUGCCCUGCCCGAGCCGAGAGUCGGCCGGAGGAGUACGGAGUUAGUGGCCGAAGAAAGAGGAGCGAGGCAGGGCAGCCAGGCAGACGCGCGGAGAGCAUCGGACGCAGCCGGGCUGAGGGCGAGCGCCCGGCCCUAGCGGACCCCUGCCCUGGGCUGCAUGCGUCCCUCCUGCUGAGUAGCCUCCCUGUCGCCUUCACCUAGCGCCGCGGAUCCCGCCUGGAUGGAGUCCCCCUAGGGUUCCCAUCGGCUCCUGUGAGUGCUUGGGUGUCGAGAGCCCGGUUUUGGCGAAGGGAACCAACUUUUGAAGUUUGCCCAGGAGACUUCAUUCCAAGAGUCCCAGCUCCCCCGCAGCCCGACCAGCAGAGGCGCGACCGCGGUGCGAGUCACCAUGCAGGGAAGCAAAGGGGCCUACCGGUACCACUGGCAGAGCCACAACGUCAAGCACAGUGGUGUGGACGACAUGGUCCUGCUCUCCAAGAUCACCGAGAACGCCAUCGUGGAGAACCUGAAGAAGAGAUACAUGGACGACUACAUUUUUACAUAUAUAGGAUCCGUCUUAAUCUCAGUCAACCCUUUCAAGCAGAUGCCAUAUUUUGGGGAUAAGGAAAUUGAAAUGUACCAAGGAGCGGCACAGUACGAAAACCCACCCCACAUCUAUGCUCUUGCCGAUAAUAUGUACAGAAACAUGAUCAUUGACAGAGAGAACCAGUGUGUCAUCAUCAGUGGUGAAAGUGGUGCUGGAAAGACAGUGGCGGCCAAAUACAUCAUGAGUUAUGUCUCCAGAGUGUCUGGAGGAGGCCCCAAAGUCCAGCACGUCAAGGACAUCAUCCUGCAGUCCAACCCGCUGCUGGAGGCCUUCGGCAACGCCAAGACCGUCCGGAACAACAAUUCCAGCCGAUUUGGAAAAUACUUUGAAAUCCAGUUCAGUCCAGGUGGAGAACCAGAUGGUGGAAAGAUCUCCAACUUCCUUCUGGAAAAAUCCAGGGUGGUGAUGAGGAACCCUGGAGAGCGGAGUUUUCACAUAUUUUACCAGGUUUUCCUUUAUAUUGUUUCUUUCCUACUUCCUUAUUCCUUCUCCACAUUUAGAUUUGCUUGUUUCCUCUCAGCAAUCAGGUUGGAAACCAGCAGACUAGGGGCUGUGGAAGUGGUGAUCUUAGGGGAAGAUGGAGGGUCCUACAAGGUGGAUGACAUUGAUGACAAGCGGGAGUUUCAGGAAACUCUGCACGCGAUGAACGUGAUCGGGAUCUUCGCGGAGGAGCAGGCGCUGGUGCUGCAGAUCGUGGCGGGCGUGCUCCACCUGGGAAACAUCAGCUUCAAAGAAGUCGGCAACUACGCCGCAGUGGAGAGUGAAGAGUUUUUGGCUUUUCCUGCCUAUCUCCUGGGGAUAAACCAGGACCGUCUUAAAGAAAAGCUGACCAGCCGGCAAAUGGAUAGCAAGUGGGGAGGCAAGUCGGAGUCCAUCCACGUGACACUCAACGUGGAGCAGGCCUGCUACACCAGGGACGCCCUCGCCAAGGCCCUGCACUCCCGCGUCUUUGACUUCUUGGUGGAUUCUAUCAACAAAGCGAUGGAGAAGGACCAUGAAGAAUACAACAUCGGCGUCCUGGACAUCUACGGCUUUGAAAUAUUCCAGAAAAAUGGCUUUGAACAGUUCUGUAUCAAUUUUGUUAAUGAAAAAUUACAGCAGAUUUUUAUUGAACUGACAUUAAAGGCCGAACAGGAAGAGUAUGUUCAAGAGGGAAUAAGAUGGACGCCCAUAGAGUACUUUAAUAACAAAAUCGUGUGUGACCUCAUAGAGAACAAAGUUAACCCUCCCGGGAUCAUGAGCAUCCUGGAUGACGUGUGCGCCACGAUGCACGCGGUGGGUGAGGGGGCGGACCAGACGCUGCUGCAGAAACUCCAGAUGCAGAUCGGGAAUCACGAGCACUUCAACAGCUGGAACCAGGGCUUCAUUAUUCACCAUUACGCUGGGAAGGUAUCCUAUGACAUGGAUGGCUUUUGUGAAAGGAACCGUGAUGUGCUUUUCAUGGAUCUGAUAGAGCUUAUGCAGAGCAGUGAGCUACCUUUUAUAAAGUCCUUAUUUCCGGAAAAUCUGCAAGCUGACAAGAAAGGGCGCCCAACUACUGCCGGAAGCAAAAUAAAGAAACAAGCCAAUGACCUUGUGAGCACCCUGAUGAAAUGUACACCUCACUACAUCCGCUGCAUAAAACCAAACGAAACCAAGAAGCCCAGGGACUGGGAGGAAAGCAGGGUAAAGCACCAAGUAGAAUACCUGGGUCUGAAAGAGAACAUCCGAGUGAGAAGAGCUGGUUAUGCCUAUCGGCGCAUCUUCAAAAAGUUCCUGCAAAGGUAUGCCAUUCUGACCAAAGCCACCUGGCCCUCGUGGAGAGGAGACGAGAAGCAAGGUGUCCUCCACCUGCUACAGUCUGUCAACAUGGACAGCGACCAGUUCCAGCUCGGGAGGAGCAAAGUGUUCAUCAAAGCGCCCGAGUCUCUAUUUCUCCUGGAGGAAAUGAGAGAGAGAAAGUACGAUGGGUAUGCUCGAGUGAUACAGAAAUCCUGGAGGAAAUUCGCGGCCCGGAAGAAAUACGUCCAAAUGAGGGAAGAAGGUAUUUCCGUCAGUUUGUUUCGUAGGAGGAGAAACAGCAUCAACAGGAACUUCAUCGGGGAUUACAUCGGGAUGGAGGAGCACCCGGAGCUCCAGCAGUUCGUGGGCAAGAGAGAGAAGAUCGAUUUUGCAGACACAGUGACCAAGUACGACAGGAGGUUCAAGGGCAUAAAGCGCGACUUGAUUCUUACUCCGAAGUGCUUGUACCUGAUUGGCCGAGAAAAGGUCAAACAGGGCCCAGACAAAGGCCAAGUGAAGGAAGUACUGAAGCGGAGAAUCGAGAUGGAGAGGAUCUUGUCCGUGUCCCUCAGUACGAUGCAAGAUGACAUUUUUAUUCUUCACGAGCAAGAGUAUGACAGUUUGCUUGAAUCCGUCUUCAAAACUGAAUUCUUAAGCCUCUUAGCAAAGCGUUAUGAGGAAAAAACCCAGAAACAACUACCUCUGAAAUUUAGCAACACGCUUGAACUCAAGUUGAAAAAAGAGAACUGGGGCCCCUGGAGUGCCGGGGGCUCCCGGCAGGUGCAGUUCCACCAGGGCUUCGGGGACCUGGCCAUCCUCAAGCCCAGCAACAAAGUGCUGCAGGUCAGCAUCGGACCCGGGCUGCCCAAGAACUCCCGUCCCACCAGGAGGAACAUCACCCAAAGCAGAGGUUAUUCCAGUCAGACUCACAAUGCCAACUACCCGAUGAGAGCUGCCCCUCCCCCGCCAGGAUACCAUCAGAAUGGAGUCAUCAAAAACCAGUUUGUGCCACACCCGCAUGCUCCUGGAAACCAGCGGUCCAAUCAGAAAAGCCUGUACACCUCCAUGGCCCGCCCACCCCUGCCUCGACAGCAGUCCACGGGCUCAGACCGCAUGUCCCAGAUGCCGGAGAGCUUGGAUUUCCUCAAGGUCCCAGACCAGGGUGUCGCAGGGGUCCGGAGACAGACGACCAGCAGGCCCAACCCAGCAGGGGGCAGACCCAAGCCCCAGCCCAAGCCCAAGCCUCAGGUGCCACAGUGCAAGGCUCUGUAUGCCUACGACGCUCAGGACACAGACGAACUCAGCUUCAAUGCCAAUGACAUUAUCGACAUUAUCAAAGAAGGUAAGUGCAUGGCUGGCUGGCUGGGACAGCCUCCCAGAGAGCGUGCAGUCACCCUGCUCUAAAACUAGUUUAAACCUGAAGGGAGCUUGUAGGCUCCUCUAACUGGAACUUGCAGAGGUAGCCACAUUCCAGCCUCAGUUUGAUCAAGACUCCAAAUUCUAUUUUUUAAUUUUUAUUUCAGAGAGGAAG